GAGACCUCGAUAUCGAACCACUUUCAAGCGAAUGCCGCAUCUCGCAGCUCGCAACAUUUUCGCUAUUAGUUCACCUCUAUUUGUUACCUGUAUGAUACGCGCUACACGUCACGAAAUUGAACAUUUUGAUCGCGAUACCCACGAUUUUUUUAUGAAAAAUGAGGUAAAGUGUUGUGGGGGUGGUGAAUUAUAAAAUAAAUUAUAUAGAGGAUGCGCGGAUUUUGAAUGUAGGUCAGGCAAAAUGUCUUUAAAGAAAGAAUCUCUAUCAGAUGCUCAGCUCCAUCUAGCAGCUCUUAACGGAAACCUACCUCUACUUACCAGGAUCUUGGAUAGUGGAAAGGUCCAUGUAGAUUCCAGAGACAAAGAUGGUACCACUCCUUUGAUACUAGCAGCUGCUAAUGGGCAUUUUGAUUGUAUUAGGGAACUGUUAGAUCAAGGUGCUGAUCCAAACAUCAAAAGAAUUACGGGAACAACACCCUUAUUUUUUGCUGCCCAAGGAGGAUAUCUGGAUAUAGUUCAAUUCCUACUAGAAAAUGGAGCUCAUGUAGACACCACUAGUCAAGAUGGGGGUAGUCCACUGUUCGUGGCAUGCCAAUGUGGCCACAUGGAUGUAGUUAAGGAAUUAGUCAACAGAGGUGCCAAUAUCAACGCCAAAAUGAAAGACAAGGCUACGCCAUUGUUUAUAGCCAGUCAGAAUGGACAUUACAAAAUUGUAGUCUACUUAUUAGCUCAUGGAGCUGAUCCAGACCCUAGGAGAAGUGAUGGGGUCACUCCAUUAUGGAUAGCUGCCCAAAUGGGACACGAUCAUUUGGUAGCUUUGCUGUUGAAAGCAGGAGCUUUUGUAGAUAGUCCCAAAAAUGAUGGUGCAACAGCUUUGUUCAAAGCUGCCCACAAAGGACACUCAGCUGUCAUAUCAGAAUUAUUGAAGUAUAGACCUUGUUUAGGAUUAUUACAAAAUGGCGAAAGCGCUCUUCACGCAGCCGCAUUCUCGGGCAACCUAUCCGUAUGCAAGCAACUCAUUUGCGCAGGCUCGAAUCCUAACCUCAAAAACCAAGAUGGCGCCACGGCCAGGCAAGUGGCCGAGCACAACAGACAUAGGGCCGUCAUAGAUUAUUUAAGUCAAUUCUCCCGAAGAAAACAAUAACACAAGAGGUUGGCUCAGAGAAAUAAGUAAAUAUAGAGGGGUUCCGGUAUUUAAAUAACAAUGGAGUAUGGAGUCAAAUAGUCAAUUAAAUAUUAUUAUAUUACCGGGUGCGUCUCAAAAGUGACUUACCCCUAUAACUAUUUUAUUUUUACACUCAAAAAAACGAGAUUUGGUAUGUUAGUAUAUGACAUAAAUUAGGAUUG